ACGCGAUUUGACUCGUUACCAUUCCGCGCCUUGCAAUUCGUUAAAUUUCUUUUCUUCAUCGUUAUACAAUGUCGUCGUGCGGAAAUCCUGCCACGGAUACGGAUGCACUCAUGGAGCGUCGACCAAAGUUCGACAAGUCUAGGGAUUGUGUAAAGUGCAAGACGAACCGAGGAAAUAUUGUUGUCCGGCAUGCUGUAUAUUGCAAGGAAUGCUUUACACCUCUCGUCUCCUUCAAAUUUCGGCGUGCAUUAGAACCUUUCGUAAACGAGCUGCCUCAGGGUCCGCGGCGGAAGGCAUUGAAGGCAUUGGGCAAUCUUCUUCUAGCAUUUUCAGGUGGAUUGGGAUCGACGGUAUUGUUGGAUCUGGCACAUCAGGCCUAUUUUGCGAAUCGACAAGGGGAGAACAAGACCGAGAAUCAGCAAGGCGGAAAAGAUCAUCCUCGAAAUGCACCCAUAUGGCCGAAGGGUAGUAUAUGCUACGUCGAAAUAUGCAGCGCGUUCCCUGGGAUGAGAGACAGGACGGAACAAAUUCGUGCAGCUGUAACAAAUUACAGUGCACUCGAUUUUAUUCCAUUGCGUUUGGAGAAUGCCUUCGAUAAUUCGUGGUGGGAGUCUGUUGGCGGACGGCCCCCUUCUUCAGAGCUGCAGGUCGACCUCUCGAACGAAGACAUCUGCAUAUCAUCUUUUUCUACAGAGACUGUCGAGGAUCCAGUUACAUCCCUUCGGACCUUUCUAUCGAGUCUCCCGACACAGACUGCGGUAUCACGGGCCGUACCGACGCUGAUACGGAUAUUGCUUUUGUACACCGCUCGUUCAACGAGGUCAUCGCAUCUCCUUCUGGGGACAUCUUUGACGUCGCUCUCGGUAUCCCUUAUCUCUGCUAUAUCGCAGGGCGCGGGAUUUACUGUUCGCGAGGAAGCACAGGAAGAAUGGGCUUCUUUGAACGUGCCAUCGCUUACACAGAUGUCCGUCCGUGUAAUCAGACCACUGAGAGAAGUAGGCAUGAAGGAAUGCGCUUUCUUUUGUUGGUGGCAUAAUUUGAAUGUUAUCGGGAAAGAAAAGAUUCCUGGCGGAAAGCAGGACAUCGCUAGUUUGACGAAAGACUUUAUCGUUGGCCUUGAAAAAGAUUAUCCCUCAACUGUUUCGACCAUCGCACGAACCUGCGGAAAGCUCGCACCUAAGGCGGGAACCACCCGAGCGUGUAUCUUUUGCGAACAGCCCGUGCAGCAGGGUAUACGAGAUUGGAAGUCGCGUACGUCAAUACGGACCCUAGAUGCUGCUGAACCGACAGACGAUGUCGUUAAGAAUUCUCGAUUCUUGUCACCUUAUCUCUGCUAUGCCUGCCACACGACUCUUACCAGUCGAAGCAGUCGCGGCGGUGUGCAGUCUGGGACGACUUCGGUACACCUGCCCGUAUGGACUGGGCAGCACUUGAUGAAUUCUCAAUGGGACGGUGCGAACGGGGAUAGUGGACACGAUAAGAGCAAUGAGGUCUGGAAGAGACGGCGUGUCAAGGAAGAAGAAAUGAAGACUGUCAUUGGAGAUUUUCUGUUGGAAGAUAGUUGUACAUAAUGAUAGGUGAUCGCUACCGUGUGAAACGUGUA